AUGACCAAGGCCAAAAUAGCACCAAGGCUUUCCACGAACAAGGGGCCAAGGGUCUACUCUUUCCCUUCCUCUCUGGCCAGGUCUUACAUGGGAUCUCUGCAGCAGGAUGGGGCUGGCUGGAUUUCUAUGUCCUCACCUGACUCGGCCUUGCCAUCCAUUGAGCUGGCUGUGGAGAGCAAUCACUACUGUCACUCCCAGAAGGGUCCUGGCAGUCACUGUGACCCCAAGAAGGAGCGGGCCCGUCGCCAGCUUUAUAUGGCUUCUUUCAUCUGCCUGGUGUUCAUGAUUGGGGAAGUCAUUGGUGGGUACCUAGCACACAGCUUGGCGAUCAUGACCGAUGCAGCCCAUCUACUCACUGACUUUGCCAGCAUGCUCAUCAGCCUCUUCUCUCUCUGGAUGUCCUCCCGGCCAGCCACCAAGACCAUGAACUUCGGCUGGCAGAGAGCUGAGAUCCUGGGAGCCCUGCUCUCUGUGCUGUCCAUCUGGGUCGUGACUGGGGUACUGGUGUACCUGGCGGCGGAGCGGCUGAUCUCUGGGGACUAUGAGAUUGAGGGGACGACCAUGCUGAUAACGGCGGGCUGUGCUGUGGCUGUGAACAUCAUAAUGGGGUUGACUCUUCACCAGUCUGGCCACGGGCACAGCCAUGACACCAGCCAGCAGCAGGAGAACCCCAGUGUCCGAGCUGCCUUUAUCCAUGUGAUAGGGGACUUGCUGCAGAGCUUGGGCAUCCUGGUGGCGGCCUAUAUUUUAUACUUCAAGCCAGAGUACAAGUACAUAGACCCCACCUGCACCUUCCUCUUCUCCAUCCUGGUCUUGGGAACAACCUUGACCAUCCUGAGAGACGUGAUCCUGGUGCUAAUGGAAGCGACCCCCAAAGGUGUGGACUUCACGGCUGUUCAGGAUCUGCUGCUGUCAGUGGAGGGGGUGGAAGCCUUGCAUAGCCUGCAUAUCUGGGCGCUGACUGUGGCCCAGCCGGUGCUGUCUGUCCACAUCGCCAUCGCUCAGAACACAGAUGCCCAGGCUGUGCUGAAGGCAGCCAGUGCCCGCCUACAGGGGAGGUUCCACUUCCACACCAUGACCAUCCAGAUUGAGGACUACUCUGAGGACAUGAAGGACUGUCAGGCAUGCCAGGGCCCCUCGGACUGACUGCCUGGCCAGAUGCCAACUGGGGCAUGGACAGGACCUGCAGACAGCAGGGCCCAGUGUCCCCCAGACCCAGCCAGAACUGCUUUACCCUGGCUGUGUUAUAAACCAGAUCCCUUUCCUGACCUUAGCUCCAUGAGCAGUGUGGAGGAGCCUUGCCCACUCCAGGAAUGGGGCUCUUCCCCUGCCUCCCCCAUCUGACUAUAGCCAGUCCCAGGAUGGGGACUUGGCAGGUGUAAAGCUAGUUUGAUCCCACUCCUCCCGCUCCUGGGUCAGUUCCCAGCAGGGCUGGGUUUGGGCCUAAUGUUCAGCCAGUGCUAUCUUAGCACCAACCUCAGGGAAAGGCAGUGAGGCACAGUGAGGGAUGCCGGAGGGGAGCCUGGCCCUAGUGUCCCCUGCCUACCUCCCUCACUUCCCAUUUUCUUUGCCUUAUGAAUCUGUAAAGAAGCCUGGGAACAGAGCCCCCUCCCUUUGCCUCUAACAUGAUCUGAUUUAAGGAGGCCAUGGGGGCUAGUAAGCCAGACAAGUGGACUAGAGAAACUGAGACAGGUGGUUAACCAGCCAAGCAGUUUACAACCAGCCAUCUAGUAAAUAACAAAAUCUGAUCUUCCCUAACCAAGGACACUUAAGAGUAAAUGGUUUACACUUCUCCCCAACCAGAGGGUAAAUAAAAUCACCCAACUCAGGAGAUAACAGAUAUCCAAUUAAUGCCAUUUGUGCCAACCACACCCAAGGAGGGAUGAAGUCAGGGGAAUCUCAUUUUGGUGUAUCAGCGUAAAGCUGAUGAAUAUUUUAUUGAGAUCCUCCUCUAAACUCCCAGCCUUUAAAAUCCUUAAGGACCCAGCACUGUGCUCUCCCUCUAGGGAGCAUACCUGGGCCUGUCCCCUCCC